CCUGCCAAAGCUAUGGAGAUUCGAGAAUUUCUUUUUCCCCUUUAUAAAAAGCCCCCAUACUCUGUUUUUCUUCUUCAUCAACACUACUUGGAAAGUUGUUACAGAGCUUGUGUGUUCUUGUAGCAAUGGCUGAUUCAAGAUUCGGAGGAGUUUUGAUUUUGACUUUGAGUUUGUUUUUGCUCUUUUUGGGCAAUGUAUCAGCUCAACUUUCUACUGGUUUUUACUCUUCUUCUUGUCCAAAUUUGUUGUCCACUGUCAAAUCCUCUGUUCGUUCUGCUGUCUCCAGUGAGGCUCGCAUGGGAGCUUCCAUUCUUCGCUUGUUUUUUCAUGAUUGUUUCGUCAAUGGAUGCGAUGGGUCGAUUUUGUUAGACGACACGUCGAGCUUUACUGGAGAGAAAAAUGCAAACCCUAACAGAAAUUCUGCUAGAGGCUUUGAUGUUAUUGAUAACAUUAAAACUGCUGUCGAAAAUGCUUGUCCUGGCGUUGUUUCUUGUGCUGAUAUUCUCGCAAUUGCUGCUCGUGACUCUGUCGUUCUCCUAGGAGGGCCGAGCUGGAAUGUUAAGUUGGGAAGAAGAGACGCAAGAACUGCAAGCCAAUCCCAAGCCAACAGUGACAUCCCCGGGCCAACUUCAACCCUAAGCCAACUCAGCUCUAGAUUCAGUGCUCUCGGACUAUCUAACACCGACUUGGUCGCUCUUUCAGGUGGCCACACGAUCGGGCAAGCGCGGUGCACGACAUUUAGAGGCAGAAUAUACAGCAAUAGCACAAACAUUGAGAGUUCAUUUGCAAGAACAAGGCAAAGCAACUGCCCCAAUAGCUCGGGAACCGGAGACAACAAUUUGGCUCCUUUGGAUUUGCAAACUCCAAAUUCAUUCGACAACAACUACUACAAGAAUCUUCUUCAGAACAAGGGCCUCCUACAAUCUGAUCAAGUUCUCUUCAAUGGCGGAUCUACGGACUCCACUGUUCGAAAUUACGCAAAUGCCCCUGCCCGUUUCUUGGCUGAUUUUGCUGCUGCCAUGGUCAGGAUGGGGGAUAUUAGUCCUCUCACUGGCUCCAAUGGUGAAAUUAGGAAGAACUGCAGGAAGGUUAAUUAAAGUUUAAUAAAUAUACAGACAAUGUUGUUUUGUUAUGUUCUUGCUUUUUUUUUUUAAGGAAAAGAAGUUGUUUUUCAAGCUUUUAUUUUGGGUUUAAUGCUUAUGAUCAUUAAAGAUCUUUUUAAUACUAAGAUUAUGUACUCGUGUUGUUUUGGCUGUUCGUUUGUAAGUGUUCCUU